AUGCAUCUACGCGUAGCGGUGGCACCAGUCGCGUGGCUCCUUGCCGGCCAGAAGGUGGUGGCGCAGGGCAUCGGCAACGACGAGACGCAUCCCAUGCUGACGACGGAGAAGUGCACGCUUAAAGACGGGUGCGUGAAACAGAACACGUCCAUCGUGCUCGACGCGAGCUUCCACGGCUUACGGGAGAUAAACGGGACCGGCAGCUGCGGCGGCUACGGCGGCGGCGCGCUGAGCAAGGUGCUGUGCCCGGACCACGAAUCGUGCGCGAAGAACUGCGUCUUGGACGGCGCCGACUACGAGGGCAACGGCGUGUUCGCGAACGGCACCGCGCUGACGCUGAACCAGUACAUGGACCGCGACGGGGACGGCAACGUGACGGCCGUGAGCCCGCGCGUGUACCUGCUGGACGCGGACGGCGUCGACUACGAGGUGCUGCACCUCAAGAACCAGGAGAUCAGCUUCGAUGUGGACGUCUCGAAGCUGGUUUGCGGCAUGAACGGCGCCAUGUACCUCGCUGAGAUGAACAAGACGGGGGCCCGCGGCGCUCUCAACCCGGCUGGUGCAAGGUACGGGACGGGGUACUGUGAUGCGCAGUGCCCGAAGCUGCCUUUUAUCAAUGGAGUGGCAAACAUCGAUGCCAAGGGAGCCUGCUGCAGCGAGAUGGACCUCUGGGAAGCCAACGCCAUGGCAUCAUCAUUUACGGCGCACGCGUGCAGCAAACCGGGCGUGUUCGAGUGCACGGGGGAUCAGUGCGGCGGCCUAGGGGUGUGCGACAAGUCCGGGUGCUGGUACAACACGUGGAAGCUGGGCAACACGUCGUUCUACGGGCCCUCGUCAUCAUCCUCAUCUCCCGCGCCGCCGCCAGGAGGAGACACGGCCAAGAGAUUCGUCGUGGACACGACGCGCCCCUUCACAGUGACGACCCAGUUCCUCAUCUCGGCGAUGCCGGUGGGGCCCAGCAAGGGCAUCAUGAACGAGGUGCGGCGCCUGUACGUGCAGGACGGCGUGGUGAUCGAGAACGCGGGCGUCACGGCGCCGUACAUGCCGCCCGGCGACUCCCUGCGCAUGUCGCACUGCCAGGCCGUGGCCAACUACGGCGAGGGCAUCGGCGGGCUGACGACGGCGGGCAAUGCGCUGGAGCGGGGCAUGGUGCUCGCGUUCAGCAUCUGGAACGACGACCGCCAGUUCAUGAACUGGCUCGACGCGGGCGAGUCUGGGCCGUGCUCGCUUGAGGAGGGAGACCCGAGGGUUAUCAGGGAGAAGAGCCCGGAUACGAGGGUCACGUUUACGAAUAUUAGGUGGGGGGAGAUUGGGAGUACUUAUAGUCAUGGCACUGGUGCGGCAGCGGCAGCGGCAGCGGCUUCAUGA